UUAGUGAAGGCAUUAACCAGACUACCACAUUUACCUUUCUGUCUUCUCCAUCUCGCUCUCUCUCUGUGCCUUUGCCAGCCCCUUCUGGAAUAAGCAGUGAAAUAGGUAAGGAGCAAGGAGUAAGAGAGACAGAGUUAGAAAUAAGGAGCCUGAGAAUCCACCUGCCAGCCUUGCCUCUUAAUUCCUCAGCUCCACUGGUGCCUCCCCUCACCAGAUACUGAAGGCAAGCUGUUUGUCUGUUGCAGAAUGCGAGCACUUGAUCCGUCACAUGCUGGUGUUAGACCCGAAUAAGCGCCUCUCAAUGGAGCAGAUCUGCAAGCACAAGUGGAUGAAGCUAGGGGAUGCCGAUCCCAACUUUGACAGGUUGAUAGCUGAAUGCCAACAACUAAAGGAAGAAAGACAGACGGACCCCCUGAAUGAAGAUGUACUCUUGGCCAUGGAAGACAUGGGAUUGGAUAAAGAGCGGACACUACAGUCAUUAAGAUCAGAUGCCUAUGAUCACUAUAGUGCAAUCUACAGCCUGCUGUGUGAUCGACAUAAGAGACAUAAAACCCUGCGUCUCGGAGCACUUCCUAGCAUGCCCCGAGCCAUGGCCUUUCAAGCACCAGUCAAUAUCCAGGCGGAGCAGGCAGGUACCACUAUGAACAUCAGCGUUCCCCAGGUGCAGCUGAUCAACCCAGAGAACCAAAUUGUGGAGCCGGAUGGGACCGUGAACUUGGACAGCGAUGAGGGUGAAGAGCCUUCCCCUGAAGCAUUGGUCCGCUAUUUGUCAAUGAGGAGGCACACAGUGGGUGUGGCUGACCCACGCACGGAAGUUAUGGAAGAUCUGCAGAAGCUCCUACCUGGCUUUCCUGGUGUCAACCCUCAGGCUCCAUUCCUGCAGGUGGCCCCUAAUAUGAACUACAUGCACAACCUGUUGCCCAUGCAAAAUUUGCAGCCAACUGGGCAGCUUGAGUACAAGGAGCAGUCUCUGUUGCAGCCACCCACCUUACAGCUCCUGAAUGGAAUGGGCCCCCUUGGCCGGAGGGCAUCAGAUGGAGGAGCCAACAUCCAAUUGCAUGCCCAGCAGCUGCUGAAGCGCCCACGGGGACCCUCCCCACUUGUCACCAUGACACCAGCAGUGCCAGCAGUUACCCCUGUGGACGAGGAGAGCUCAGAUGGGGAGCCAGAUCAGGAAGCUGUGCAGAGGUACUUGGCAAAUAGGUCCAAAAGACAUACACUGGCAAUGACCAACCCUACAGCUGAGAUCCCACCGGACCUACAACGGCAGCUAGGACAGCAGUCUUUCCGUUCCCGGGUCUGGCCUCCUCACCUGGUACCUGAUCAGCAUCGCUCUACCUACAAGGACUCCAACACCCUGCACCUCCCUACGGAGCGUUUCUCCCCUGUGCGCCGGUUCUCAGAUGGGGCUGCAAGCAUCCAGGCCUUCAAAGCUCACCUGGAAAAAAUGGGCAACAACAGCAGCAUCAAACAGUUGCAGCAGGAGUGUGAGCAGCUGCAGAAGAUGUACGGGGGGCAGAUUGAUGAAAGAACCCUGGAGAAGACCCAGCAGCAGCAUAUGUUGUACCAGCAGGAGCAGCACCAUCAAAUUCUCCAGCAACAAAUUCAAGACUCUAUUUGUCCUCCUCAGCCUUCUCCACCUCUUCAGGCUGCAUGUGAAAAUCAGCCAGCCCUCCUCACCCACCAGCUCCAGAGGUUAAGGAUUCAGCCUUCAAGCCCACCCCCCAACCAUCCCAACAACCAUCUCUUCAGGCAACCCAGUAACAGUCCUCCCCCCAUGAACAGUGCCAUGAUCCAGUCUCACGGUGCUGCAUCUCCUUCCCAGUUUCAAGGUUUACCCUCUUGCAGUGCAAUCUUCCAGCAGCAGCCUGAGAACUGUUCCUCUCCUCCCAGUGUGGCACUAACCUGCUUGGGCAUGCCACAGCCUCCCCAGUCACAGCAAGUGACCAUCCAAGUACAAGAGCCUGUUGACAUGCUCAACAACAUGCCAGGGGCAGCUGCAGGCUCCACCGGGCGGGGCAUCUCCCUCAGCCCCAGUGCCAGUCAGAUUCAGAUGCAGCAUCGUACUAACCUGAUGACCACCUUCAGCUAUGGGCACCGACCCUUGUCCAAGCAGCUGAGUGCUGACAGUGCAGAGGCCCACAGCUUGAACGUGAAUCGCUUCUCCCCUGCUAACUACGACCAGGCGCAUUUACACCCCCAUCUGUUUUCGGACCAGUCCCGGGGUUCCCCCAGCAGCUACAGCCCUUCAACAGGAGUGGGGUUCCCUCCAACCCAAGCCCUGAAAGUCCCUCCACUUGACCAAUUCCCCACCUUCCCUCCCAGUGCACAUCAGCAGCCGCCACACUAUACCACAUCGGCACUACAGCAGGCCCUGCUGUCCCCCACGCCGCCAGACUAUACAAGGCACCAGCAGGUACCCCACAUCCUUCAAGGACUGCUCUCUCCCCGGCAUUCGCUCACCGGCCACUCAGACAUCCGGCUGCCCCCAGCAGAGUUUGCACAGCUCAUUAAAAGGCAGCAGCAGCAACGACAGCAGCAGCAGCAGCAGCAAGAGUACCAAGAAUUGUUCAGGCACAUGAACCAAGGGGAUACUGGCAGUCUGUCUCCCAGUCUUGGGGGACAGAGUAUGACAGAGCGCCAGUCUUUAUCUUAUCAAAAUGCUGACUCAUAUCACCACCACCACAGCAGCCCCCAGCAUCUUCUCCAAAUCAGGGCUCAAGAAUGUAUCUCACAGGUUUCCUCACCCACCCCGACCCACGGUUAUGCUCAUCAGCCGGCACCAAUGCAUCCGGAGAGCAUGGAAGAGGACUGCUCAUGUGAGGGGGCCAAGGACGGCUUCCCAGACACUAAGAGCUCCAGUACGUUGACCAAAGGUUGCCAUGACAGCCCCCUGCUCUUGAGUGCCAGUGGACCUCGAGACCCUGAAUCUUUACUAGGAACUGUGAGUCAUGCCCAGGAAUUGGGGAUACAUCCUUAUGGACACCAGCCAACUGCUGCAUUCAGUAGAAAUAAGGUGCCCAGCCGAGAGACUGUCAUAGGGAACUGCAUGGAUAGAAGUUCUCCAGGACAAGCAAUGGAGCUGCCAGAUCACAAUGGGCUCGGGUACCCAGCACGCCCCUCAGUCAGUGAGCACCACAGGCCCCGGACCCUGCAGAGACACCACACGAUCCAGAACAGCGAUGAUGCUUAUGUGCAGCUGGAUAACUUGCCAGGAAUGAGUCUUGUGGCUGGGAAAGCACUUAGUUCUGCCCGGAUGGCAGAUGCAGUUCUCAGUCAGUCUUCACUCAUGGGCAGCCAGCAGUUUCAGGAUGGAGAAAAUGAGGAAUGUGGGGCGAGUCUGGGAGGUCAUGAGCAUGCAGACCUGAUUGACGGAAGCCAGCACUUAAACUCCUCUUGCUAUCCAGCUACAUGUAUUACAGACAUUCUGCUCAGCUACAAGCACCCUGAGGUCUCCUUCAGCAUGGAGCAGGCUGGCGUGUAGCAAGAAACAGAGUGA